GGGAUCGUCUGGGCAACCAGGCUGCAGCCGAGGACUCUAUUUCUUCUCUCAGACGGAGCUUAGCCCAGUCGGUGUAGACGUCUGGAGCUCGUCCGGUCGCCUGGGCCCUUGCCCUAAAGGACCUCCCUCCCCUACACCUUCCCUCUGGUGCGAUGCUCGGACCAUUCAGAGCCAGGUCACCGAAUUAAGCCCCCUCUCGUUUUCUCCCCGUCGCGGGGCACUGCGGGCAGCCCAGAGCUUCACAUGGCUAGGGCUGGGUACACGAAGUUGGGGGACGACUGUUGUUCGUAUUUGACUCAUGAGGAGCCUCCCCAGUGCCAGGCACAGAUUCUGCUUCCCGGUCGUGGUCGAGACCCCUUGCCAAUAGCCUCUAAUGGGAACUGGGGCAUUCAGAGCAAUUAUGAGUCACAAAGCCUGAUGGCCUUGGGGGACCCUGCAGGGCGGGGUCCAAGGGGCCCUUACCCCGAGGCGGGGUGACGCCCACAGUCACUUCACAAGGCAGAAACUGUUACCUGGGCAAUAAAAGGCUCCGCAGGGGCAGGUACCCGGGAGUGGGCACAUGGGGGUGCGGGUGUGCAGGUGCCAAGCGCCAUGGGUUAGGCCCGAGAUUGGAGUCCGGCCGCCCUCCGAAAGCAGCCCCCUCUUGCUCCCCGCGCGCCCCAGGCGCCACCAUGUCGGGCGACAAACUUCUGAGCGAACUCGGCUAUAAGCUGGGACGCACGAUAGGCGAGGGCAGUUACUCCAAGGUGAAGGUGGCCACGUCCAAGAAGUACAAGGGCACGGUGGCCAUCAAGGUGGUGGACCGGCGGCGCGCGCCACCUGACUUUGUCAACAAGUUCCUGCCCCGCGAACUGUCCAUCCUGCGGGGCGUGCGGCACCCGCACAUCGUGCACGUCUUCGAGUUCAUCGAGGUGUGCAAUGGGAAGCUGUACAUAGUGAUGGAGGCGGCUGCCACCGACCUGCUGCAGGCAGUGCAGCGCAACGGGCGCAUCCCCGGGGGUCAGGCGCGCGACCUCUUCGCGCAGAUCGCCGGAGCUGUGCGCUACCUGCAUGACCACCACCUGGUGCACCGUGACCUCAAGUGCGAAAACGUGUUGCUGAGCCCCGACGAGCGCCGAGUGAAGCUCACUGACUUUGGCUUUGGUCGCCAGGCACAUGGCUAUCCUGACCUGAGCACCACCUACUGCGGCUCGGCUGCCUACGCGUCGCCUGAGGUACUCUUGGGCAUCCCAUACGACCCCAAGAAGUACGACGUGUGGAGCCUGGGCGUCGUGCUCUACGUCAUGGUCACCGGGUGCAUGCCCUUCGACGACUCGGACAUCGCUGGCUUGCCCAGGCGCCAGAAGCGCGGCGUACUCUACCCCGACGGCCUCGAGGUGUCCGAGCGCUGCAAGGCCCUGAUCGCUGAAUUGCUGCAGUUCAGCCCGUCCUCCAGGCCCUCAGCGGGCCAGGUAGCGCGCAACGGCUGGCUGCGUGCUGGGGACUCUGGCUAGAAGCCUGGGUUCCCGCCAUUUACGCCGCCCUGAGCACUGCGCAAGCGCAGCGCACGCGUGCGAGGCGUGCUUCCGUACUCCCGCGAAGCCGACACGCGCCACUGCGCACGCGCACACGCCCUUUCCCCCUGUUCCCCCCUAC